AUGUCAGAGGGAGGCAAAGGGACCGGGAACGGGAAGCGGGAGGCAGGGCCCACCAGCCAGGCGCUUCCCUGCCCUGAAGUGAUCCAGUUCUCCUUCGAGACUAGGGUGGCCACGUUUGGGCCCUGGCCAAUACACAGAGCUGUGGCCAUGCUCACAGGGCGGCUCCCGGCGGGAGGGGCUGUGCCCUCCGCGGCUGCGCGCGCUCCCGGGCUGCGGGUGGCACCCGCUCCCUCGCCUACAUGCCCAGCCGGGGCGGCCCCGGGGUCACGUGGCAGGGAAGGCACCCGGCCCGCGGCCCCCGGCCCGCCGUCCUCCGCUGCCCGCUCCCAUGGCUGCAGCCUUCGCGCUCCUCGCGGGGAUCCUGCUGCCCUGCUGGAGCGCGUCGGCCAAGUUUACCAAGGGGUCAGUGAAGGGGAAUGGGUCGAGUGCUCCCACCACUCUGAGUGCUUCAGUGACUGCUGCCUCAUGAACUUGGACGUCAUGGCUGCCUUCUGUGCCCCCAAGACCAGAAUAAACAAGGUGUGCUUGCCCCAGGUAUCCAGAAAGCCAACCCAAACCAGUCUGGAUGAUGAGGCAAUCAUCCGUGAUGCUGAUGAAGAUUCCUGGUCUUGACCCACUGGUCCCAGUCUUGACCCACCCUCAUGGGUCAGGCUGGAACCUGGACUCUACCUCACCCCAAGUUCUGCCCUCAGGGCCACCCUUUCCUGGACCCACUCAGCACUCAUUUGACAUAACAACAGUGUAACUCAGAGAUCCUUGGUCUCACACAGAAAUCAGAAAUUGUUUUUUCUCCUCUAUCAUUAUAUCUUGAUCAUUUCUCCCAUGUCACCAAAGUAUUUUUGAAAACAUUAAAGACUGCCUAAUUUCAUUA